CUGCGUUGCAUCACCUCUAGACGCCCGGCGCAGCUGCAUGGCCUCGGCUCUCUGCUAGGUUUCCUGACUUACGGGGUUCUCCAGCAACAGAAUGGUUCAACAAGUCCCAGAAAACAUCAGUUUUCCUGCUGAAGAAGAGAAAAUCUUGCAGUUCUGGUCCAAAUUUAAUUGUUUUCAAGAAUGCUUAAAGCAAUCAAAACAUAGGCCAAAAUUUACCUUUUAUGAUGGGCCUCCUUUUGCAACUGGACUGCCUCACUAUGGACAUAUACUUGCAGGAACAAUUAAAGAUAUAGUUACAAGAUAUGCUCACCAGAGUGGGUUUCAUGUUGACAGAAGAUUUGGAUGGGAUUGCCAUGGCUUACCUGUGGAAUAUGAAAUUGAUAAGACGCUGGGAAUCAGAGGACCAGAGGAUGUAGCCAAAAUUGGGAUUGCAGAGUAUAACAAUCAGUGCCGAACAAUUGUGAUGAGAUACUCUAGUGAGUGGAAGUCUACUGUGACAAGACUUGGCCGAUGGAUUGACUUUGACAAUGACUACAAAACUCUGUAUCCACAAUUCAUGGAAUCUGUCUGGUAGGUUUAUUUAAAGUUGUAAAUA